AAAGAUAGGAUUUAAGGUGGUUGUUUUGUGUUUAGCGCUACGUAAGGUGUUUUCUGGUAUUUGAUUUAAAUAAUGACUACAGCAGGAAGACCAACAUGGGAUACUGCUAAAGGUGGUAGAGGAAAAUGGGAAGGUGAUUUAAGCGCCUUAUCAAAACAGUACUCUGUUCGUGACUUACCGGCACAUACGAAGUUAAAACUGCGUCAAGAAGGCCAAGGGAGACCUGAAGAUGUUCAAGGCAAAGAUUUUAAACGUGCUUUGGAAGAGAAAGAGAAACGAUUGGCUCAAGAAAAAUCCGGUAAAACAUCAACAAAUGCUGUCAGUCAGCAGUCAGCAAUUACUAGUGCUAAACGACCUAGUUCUGCUGCUAUAAUGCCAUCAAUGGAUAGUAAUACUAUUGGCAGUAUAAAGCGUCUCCGACCUGAAACAACAACUAAUGUACCAACAAGUAAUUUAGACGCUGAUGAUCCAUGGGAUGAAGACUAUGAUGAAGAUCAAGACGAUGUAGUUGUUAAUAAGAAAACAACAAAGAAUAAAGUUAAAAAUCUCUCUGAAGUUAACUACGAUCAAGAUGCUGAUGGUGAUGGUAAUAAUAAAGCCAAUGAUGAUGAUGACGAUAACGAUGACACAGAUGAAGAUGACGAUGACGAGGAGGAAGACGAAGAAAUGCUUUUAGCGGAAUUAGCCAAAAUAAAACGUGAAAGAGCUGAAGAGGCGGCUCGUCUAGCUGCUGAAAGGAAAGCAGCUGAAGAAACUAUACGUAUGGAAAAUAUUCUUAAAGGAAAUCCUCUUUUAAAUUCGGCUAAUUCAACAGAAUUCAAAGUGAAACGAAGAUGGGAUGAUGAUGUUGUAUUUAAAAAUUGUGCACGAGGUGAAGUCGACCAUGUGAAACGAGGUUUUAUCAAUGAUACACUACGUUCUGAAUUUCAUAAGAAAUUUAUGAAAAAAUACAUUCAGUAGUAACACUAAUAAUAAUAACGAUAAUGAACAUUUAUAUACAAUAUUAUUUAUGGAAUAACUGAAGCCCUGACUACUACUCUGUAAAUAAAAUCAAUGAAUUAUUUUCAUCACUUAUUUGUGUUUCUUUGUUUUGAGUGUGUGUGUGGGGGGCACGUUUGUAUUUGCACAGAUUGUAUAGUUGUGUGAACCAGUUUAAUAACAUACAGUAAUGAUUUAUGCAUAUGAAUUAUGCAUUCGAUACAAAACUGUAGAAGAAAAGCUUUUCUUAGUUGAAGUUCUCUGAAAUGACUGUUACUUUGACUGACUGAGUUGCAGGUGUUCCCAGCGUGUGUAUCUGUGUGUGUGUUGUGACUAUAUAUUCUAUGUGAAUCGUAAGCAUUAUAUAUAUAGUGUAACUUGAAGUCAUGUAUGCGCUAAAUACUUUGUGAACUAUUUGAUUAUUUAUUUGUCAAGUCGAAAUAAAAAGAGAGAGAGUGUGUUGUGUGUGAGUAUGACCUCGUGUAUUGACCUCAAAACCCAUUUGUACUAAGAGUUUCACUUUGAUGAUAAUUGCGAGACGGCAGGUAAUCCUUCUUUUUGUCUAUGUGAUUAAACGCACUGAUCUCACCAACAACAACGAAAAGAAAUUUUAAGAUUCCAUGCAGAGAAACAGUUACAAGUAUCGUCCAUUUGAUGAAAAUUGUUCAAGUGUGAUGAUAAGUAAGUAUUCAUAAUUUUAAUCCUACUCUUGUGUGUAUUCAACAAUAAUUCUUUAUCGGUUAUUGAUUCGUUUAUAUGGCAAUGUACAUAUAUUGGGGUUGAUAUAGUAUGCUUUUACUGGAUGUCAUUAUGUGAACAUUAAAAGUGUUUUUCU